AUGAGGGUGAAUUUAUUAGGGUUAAUGCGAAUGAGAUUAUUUACAGAGGGGGUUGAUUCUAUUGUAAAUGGGCUUGAAGUUACUAAGAAGACGAUGGAUCGUAUUAUGAAGUUGGUAUGUGGGUGGGGGUAUAAGAAGGGGACUUUUUGUUUAUGGAUGAAAAUUUUAGAGAUUCAAGAAGGAUAUAUUUUGAUAAAAAAGGAUGAUGAUGCAUACGAUUUUGCAUCAUUCUUUAGUGCAAUGAAUAUCGUUGGACAUUUAUUUGUGGAACAUUCUCAGGGAGGAUUGGAUACUGAUGAUACGGAACCUAACUGUGUCAAUGAGGUGAAUGAAAUGGAUGGGUUGGAAGAGGAGAUGGUUGAAGAUCCAACUGAUGGGGAGAAGUUUGUUCCAACUGAUGUACAAAAUGCAGAUCCAACUGAUGGGGAGAAUUCUGUUCCAACUGAUGUACAAAAUGCAACUCAGAGUGUUGGGGAGAAGUUUGUUCCAACUCAGAGUGCUGUUGUGGCUAACUCAAAGAAACAGAAAGGAAAGAAGCCAGUUACCAAAAGAAGGCAAAGUGAAAGGAUCAAGUUGAGUUUGUUUAAUAAACCAAUUACAGGCCCAGGAUUUAGUGAGCAGCCAAUCACCAUAACAGAAGUUGGAGAGAAGUCAGGUUCAAAGGACUCCAAACUAGGAGUGAAAACAAGAGUUGUAAUUGCUGAAAAAGCAGUAGUUGAGUAUGCACCAUCUCUGCGUGUUCCAAAGCUGAGUACCAAAAAGGAUGGCCGUGAAGGGACUAUAUUGGAUCUUCUUCCUGGCUUGAAUUUCACUAUAUAUAAAGAUCCAGACUAUCUUGAGUUCCUCAAACUCAUUGCAAAGCCUCAGGAACAUCUUCCUAGUGCAGAAAUACAACUGGAAAGAAAGGAAGCUGAGCAAGCUGGGGCUAGCAAGGAAGCACCUAUUGUAACACCCCUGAUGGAAUAUGUUCGUCAGAAACGUGCUGUUGGCAGUGGUCCGCUGGUUUCAUCAGCAGCAACAAAUGUUGGCAGAAGAGCCAGAGCUGCUUUGCAAGGCAAGCCUGGCCCAGUUAAUACCAGACGAGCAUCCGAAAAGAAAAGGGAAUUUUUGGUCUCCUAG